AUGGAAAACAAAACCACAGUGAACAUGUUUAUCCUCUUGGGACUUUCCAAUGACUCACACUUCCAGAUUCCAUUCUUCAUGGUAUUUUUAGUUAUUUAUCUAAUCACCUUAGUUGGAAACAUACUGAUCAUCAUGGUUAUAAAGAUUGAUUCCCAUCUCCACACUCCCAUGUACUUCUUCCUGUGUAACCUGUCCUUCCUUGAUGUCUGCUACUCCUCUGUCACUGUUCCAAAAAUACUAGAGGGAUUCCUAGCAGAGCAGAAAACUAUUUCAUUGAGUGGGUGCAUAGCACAAAUAUUCUUCUUUAUUUUCAUGGUUGGCACAGAAAUUUUUCUCCUCUCUGCAAUGGCAUAUGAUCGAUAUGUAGCAAUAUGCAAUCCCCUGAGAUAUAGUACCACUAUGAACCAUCGUGUCUGCAUGCAAAUGGUGUUGGGUGCUUGGAUAUCUGUUCUCUUAUUCUGUGGCACAGCAUUCAUUAGGUAUAUGCGGCCUGCCUCCGGAUAUUCUCUUGCUGUGGACAAGCUCAUAUCUGUGCAGUACAGCAUUUUAACUCCAAUGCUAAACCCCAUCAUAUACAGCCUAAAAAAUAAGGAGGUGAAGGUGGCUUUGAGGAAAGUGUUAGGAAGAUGA